UUAAAAUUUAUGAUAAUGUACGAGAACGGGAAACACGUGUGCAUGUUACCGCGGGAAACUGCGUGUUCCUCCCUGCCGCCAACUGCGGGUCUGUGCCACUUUGUAUGGUGUAGGUUGCGAGCACUCACGCUGCCAACUGACUGGCACUACGGCUCCACGCUGUAUAUCCGCAGCCAGAAAUGCAUGAGGAUGGAAAGGAAGAAGCAGGUGGAUGGUGGCCAUUGGUUUAUCCUACACCCGUACAGCGCGAUAAAAUUGUAUUGGGACUGUUUCGCAAUGGUCAUGAAUUGCAUUGUAUUUUUAUGGGCACCCAUGCACGUGUUUCUUACAUGUCCAGAUCCGUAUGAUUCGCUCAUAAUCUUCGGCGACAUAGUGGCACUACUAGAUAUAUACACGAAAUUCGUAACCGGCCGCGACGGAGGUAGCGCGCGACGCGUCAUUUUGGAGCCACGUGAAAUCGCUCGUCACUACAUCCGAGGGCCCUUCGUGUUGGAACUAAUUGGGGCCCUCCCGUUGCAGUUCAUACAAAUCAUACCAGGUUGCGAGUACCCCACAUACACGGUCAUGUACCUAUUCAAACUGUUCAAGCUGAUAUCUCUCAAGCAGCAAUGGAGGAACCUGUAUCGACAAGUAGGGCUGUCGUACGCGAAAGCAGUAGCUACGACAGUGGUCUUACGAACGAUUUUGUUCUUUCACUGGAUGACGUAUAUCCACUACCAAGUGCCGACGUUUGUCCCACAUUUCUACGAGCUGGAAGGCCGACAACUGGCGUGGCUGAAGGAGUUCCUCGUCAUCCAUGACACGAACACGUCUGUGUUUCAGAAGUAUACUAGAAAUUUGUAUUUCAUUUGUGGACUUUGCGUCGGAGCAGAUUAUUACAGCGCUAUCGACGACCAUCUGCUACCACAACUCAUUCUCAAUUCCACCAUAGGUCUUAUAGGCUUAGUCUUCUUGAGUUACACCUUCACGACUCUACUCCGUCUGGGCAUGUACGGACGGAUAGAUACGUAUAUUUACAACGGCAGAUUAAAGGAAUUGGAGGAGUACAUGUGGUUCAAACGUUUGCCAACGUCUUUGCAACAGAAGAUAAAGAUGUUUUUGAAUUAUAAGUUUUACGCGCAUUAUUUUAACGAGGAAAAUAUAAUGAAUACUAUCAAUGAGCAAAUUAAACAGGACAUCAACAUGCACUGUUGUAAGAAGCUAGUGGUGAAUGUACCACUAUUCCAAGAUAUGCCACUGUCUUUGAUAAAUACAAUCGUGUUUAGUUUGACGCAAGUUCUGUACAUGCCGGGUGAGGAGGUGAUAAAGUGUGGUCAGACUGGAGGUUCAAUCUACAUGAUCUCUUCCGGUACAGUCGCAGUCAUUGAUUCCAAUGGGAAAGAGUUAGCCCAUUUGCGUGACGGAGCCUACUUUGGUGAGAGUGCAUUGCUGAACCCUGGUUCUACACGGACUGUGACAAUCAUCGCACUGGAAAUCACUGAGAUGUUUAAGCAAGUUGAAUAAUCGUGAAUUUCAAGCCUGUUUGCAACCGUACCCACACCUGAAACGCAGG